AUGGCCGUCUCCCCACCCGACAUCCCCAUUACCGUCUUCACUGGCUUCCUGGGCGCGGGCAAGACGUCCAUCAUCCUCUCUCUACUCCCGCAGUUGCCCCCCGACUACCGCGUCGUCCUGCUCAAAAACGAGUUUGGCGACGUCGAAGUCGACAGCCAGCUUGCGAAACAGUCCAGUUUGGCUGCGGUGAGUGAGAUCCUGAAUGGGUGUAUGUGCUGCGUCCUCGUUGGACAGAUGAAGACUGCUCUGCUAGAAAUUAGAGAGAGAUACAGACCAGACCGGAUCAUCAUCGAAUGCUCCGGCUCUGCCUUCCCCGCGACUCUGGCAUUUCAAAUCCGCGAGCUCGAGCGCGAGACGGGCCGUGACCUGAAGCUGGACGCGAUCGUGACGGUCAUCGACGCAGAGAAUUUUGUCGGAUAUGAGGACACGUCGCCCACAGCGAAGAUGCAGGCGAGCUACACAGAUGUCCUGCUGAUCGUGCGUGUACCCCGAAUCCUGUGCCGUCGCUGCCAGAUUGAUGUGCAUACGGUCAGAACAAGUGGGAGCACGUCUCUGAGCGCGCACUGGACGUGCUGGUGGACCAUUUGA